AUGCCUCAAGAAAGUGAUCCUUUACUGGGUGGCAGGCCUACGGGUCAGCACCGCCUCUCCAAGUACUUGCGCUGCGAAAUCGAUCCCGCGCAUGGCGACUUCCUACUACUUUUCUGCUACAUCAUCACCGGCCUCCUGGACAGCUCGGCAGUGUUUAUAUGGGGCUCGUUCGUGAGCAUGCAAACGGGCAAUACCGUUUACUUCGGCCUUGGUCUUGUCGGCACAGGUGACGAUCGCUGGAUCAAGUCUGGUGUCUCCAUAGCCGGUUUCUGUCUUGGCUCGUUAUGCUUCGCCGCCUUCCAUCGUCUCUUCCCAGCCAGGCAGCGAUGGGUUCUCUGUGCUUCAUUCUUGGCUCAGAUGUUGUGUGUCGCCCUUGCUGCUGUAAUUGUCACGAUUUAUCGACCUUCGCGCGAGGCGCCUCUCAGCUGGGUCGUGCUUGUUCCGCUUGCUUUGGUCGCUUUCCAGAGCAGUGGACAGGCUGUUACUAGUCGCGUCUUGCAAUUCAGUGGCUUGACUAGUGUUGUGCUUACCAGUAUCUAUUGCGAUCUUUUUUCACAUCCGGACCUUUUGUCCCCCAAGGUCAUUGGUCACGCAGAUGAGAUGCGCCGUCUGGGCGCUGUAUUGUGUCUCUUGUUUGGUGUGAUUCUGGGUGGUCUCUGGGCUCAUAGCUCGGUGGGGCUUAUGGGGGCGUUGUGGACUGCCGCAAUCUUGAAAGGAUUUCUUGUUAUUGCAUGGUUAACGUGGAAGGGCAAGGAUGAGGAGGAGACAUAG